CUAUUACAUCUCGCAAAUGAGCAACUACCAGCCCAGCAUGGAUGACCGCACUGACAAAAUGCAGGUCAUCGGCGGCUAUAGCUACACCUACUCCGAUGUGAAAAUUAUGUCGGCCAGAAUGGAUCCCCCUCCUCAUCCAGCCUGCCCUCCAAUCUCUCUGUUCGCUAAAAUAGUGAUCUAUCUUACGAAAAAAAGGCUCUUGGUGGCUUCGUGCGAGGAUAACUCCGUACCUGAGAGACGACGCCUAGUGGUGGCUACUCAAUCGAAGUGGGUCCCACUCAACAACGAAGGCCUGGCUACUCGCUUCUAUCACAGAGAUCCUGAAGACACGCUGUUGAAGAAGGAGUUUUGCAAGAUCUUUCCUGGUCUGACUGGAGACCCCGAGUAUGUCACCUUAGCGGAUCAUUUUUUCGAAGUAAGCUUGAGCCCUCAGCAACGUCUGCCUAUUGUGAUGACCGCUUCGGGUCCAGGCCCAGGUUAGCGGAUAUUCACCAUGUUGCCAUGUUUCGCGAUUAUCCAGUCUGUAUACUACUGAACAGCCCCUUUUUCUGUAAUCGUGGGAUCUAGUAUUUCCCUUUUGAAACUCGUUGUGCAGUCAGCCACCGUGCCCUGCGCAGACAUUUGUCCGAAAUAGUAGUACCAAUCUUGCCUCGGAUCGUAAUGAAUGUGUAAACGUUGUUUUGUGCUGCGGAUGGCUUCUGGAAGAAUUGUAGCAAAGUUCAAGUAUAAUUUCUAGAGGUGGGUGCUAAUAGUCAGUAUUACCGAAAUUGAACUUUCUGACAGCUUCCCGCACCUCCUUUGCAAACUCGUUCGCAAAAGAGCAAGAUAUGAAAGGAGAUGGCUACUAGCCGGAACAAAGCCGGGACGGCACGGAAUGAAAGAGGUGUGGCGCCGAGCUGCCGAAG